AUGUCUCUGCUUCGCAGUAACCUCCGCCUCUCGAGAUCUCUGGCACAGCGCACACAGCAUGUCCUGAGAGCUCGUUAUCAGACAGGGACCGCACCCCAGAGUGCGUCUGGAGGCAUUCCGCCGCCACUCAAGGGCAUCAAGAUCGUCGACCUCACGCGGGUCCUCGCGGGGCCCACGGCGACUAUGCUACUCGCGGACCUCGGUGCGGACGUCAUAAAGGUCGAAGAAGUUACCAGGGGGGAUGACACUAGAGCCUGGAAUCCACCGUCGGCUCCCAGGACCGAGGAUGGUCCUGCAUCGCACCUUCCACCAGAGUCAGCGUACUUCUUGGCCGUGAAUCGCAACAAGCGGUCGAUCACGGUCGACUUCAAGCAGCCAGAGGGCCUUGCUAUUGUACACAGGCUCAUCUCCCAGGCCGAUGUUCUGGUAGAGAACUACAUCUCUGGCAAGCUUGCGACCAUAGGCCUCGGCUGGGAAGACUGCCGGAAGAUCAACCCACGCUUAAUCUACACGAGCAUUACGGGAUACGGUCAGACAGGUCCUUAUGCAAAGGCAGCAGGGUACGAUGUCGUUAUCGAGGCUGAAGCAGGGCUUAUGCACAUCACAGGUGAACCAAAUGGCCCUCCUUGCAAAGUCGGCGUAGCUGCUACCGACGUUGCUACUGGUCUGUAUGCUCAUGGGGCCAUAAUGGCGGCACUUUUGUCCCGACAGCAGACGGGCAAGGGUGUAUGGAUCGACUGUAAUCUAUUCGAGUCUCAGGUAGCCGGUCUUGCUAACAUUGCAUCCAAUUACCUCAUCGCUGAGCAAGAGGCUGGGCGGCACGGCACGUCUCAUCCGUCCAUCGUCCCAUACCAAUAUGGUUACGUUCAGUUUGGACUGCUGGCAUCGAAAAUCCUGAAACGUCCCGAGUUGCUAUCAGACCCGAAGUUCAGCUCAAACGCCGCCCGAGUCGCCAACAGGGCUGAGAUCGUCAAGAUUAUAACCGACACGUUGAUGGAACAUAACAGAGACCACUGGUUGAAAGAGUUUGACGGCCUUGGUGUACCAUUCGGACCCAUCAAUAAUAUCAAGCAGACAUUCGGGCACCCACAGGCAGUUGCUCGUGGCGUCACGGUCGCGAUUGAGCAUCCUCGUGCAGGAAAGAUCAAGAUGGUUGCGCCAGCAGUAACCUACAAUGGACAACGGAUGCCCGUUAACCGCCCUCCGCCUUAUCUCUCACAGCACACGGAUGAGGUGCUGUACGAGUUGGGCUACAACUCUUCGCAGAUCGAGGGAUUCCGGAACAAACGCAUUGUCUAA